AUGGCUUCUCCAUUCACCAACAGAUCCAUCUCAGAUAUUAACUCAAGUUUCUCAUAUAAUUUUUCUUUGUCUAUCCUAGUGAUUGUACUCAUAUUUCCAUGUUUAAGCCUCAUAGAAACUCAAUCAAGCCUGUGCAGAACCUCUUGUGGUGACAUUCCAAUAAACUAUCCUUUCGGCAUAGACGAUGGCUGCGGCAGCCCACUCUAUCGACACAUCCUCGUCUGUUCUAACUCAGAACAGCUCGAGCUUCGAACUCCUUCAGGGAGAUACCCUGUUCGAAAUAUAAGCUACUCCGACCCCCACAUUCUUGUUUAUGACCCUUUCCUGUGGAACUGCCAAGAUGGGAACAACUUUAGACCCACCAGGCCAUUUAGCCUAGACACAAGCACCCAUCUCUCUCUCUCCCCUCAAAAUGACUACCUUUUCUUCAACUGCAGUGAAACUGAUGUGAUCAUUGAGCCAAAACCAAUUUUCUGCGAACGCUUCCCAGACCGGUGUGAUUCAACCUGUGACAGUGCUAGUUAUCUCUGCCGGCACUUGCCGGAAUGUGCAUCGGCAUUGCGUGGCAGUUCUUGCUGUUCUUACUACCCAAAAGCGACUGAAUCGUUGAGAUUGAUGCUCAAGUAUUGUGCUACUUAUACCAGUGUGUAUUGGAGAAAUCUUGGUGUUACUCCUCCUUAUGAUCAGGUCCCUGAGUAUGGAAUCAGGGUUGAUUUUGAUAUUCCAGUGACUACACGUUGUCUGCAAUGUCAGGAUGUUUCUAAGGGAGGUGGGACUUGUGGAUUUGAUACACGAACACAAAGUUUCUUGUGUUUUUGUGAUAAAAGAAAUGUCACCACUUACUGCAAAGAUCACAAUUUUUCCCCGCAGAAGAGGAGUGGAGUAGUUGCAGGAUCUGUGACUGCAGUUUCAGUUGCUGGGGCUAUUGGAAUUGGAGCUGGUAUAUGGUACUUGAGAAAAGUGAGAGCAAAAGCACCAGUAACACAUGGAGUUCAAAGCAAUGAGAAUAGACUUUUCUGAGAGCAACCAAAGUAAAGUGAACUAUGACCCACUUUUUCUUUUUCUUUUUCUUCUAUCUUAUUCCACUCUAUAAUCAACUUUUUGCACUUCAACACAAUCCAGUUUGACACCGUAAGAAACCCACAUCCGUACUUAUAUUUUAGUGUGUUUUUAUUUUGUUGUUUUUUGUUUUCUGGGUUAGAUAGAAAAGCCAAAUGCAUUAUGAAAAACAAAACCUAAAAUGGGUAAUAAAACAGAUAUUUCGUUUAUUGUUCAUUGAAGCAUGACGUG